AUGCUGACAGCUGCUGCGGAAAUGGGUGUGCAUUCCACGAGGACAGAAGCUGGCCUCCACUUAACACCUCAAUCACAGUCACCUCCAGCCUCCUAUGCUGAAACAUCAGUUCCUUCACUCUCCUUAGGGCCGCCCCUACCACGAGCGGAAUAUGCCCCAGGAGACCGGGCUUCAGAUCCGACAGUGCCACGUACUUUGAGUGGUGUUGAGGUCACUGGAGAAGAAAUAGACGAAAUAUUUCAACUGUUCUUUGACCAAUAUGCCCAGUUCCUCCCCGUGUUGGACCCAUUAACCACCCCCAACACGUACUAUGCACAAUGCCCCUUCCUAUUUUGGGCUGUCAUCGGGGUUGCAUGCAGGACGUACCCAAAAAAUCCGACAUUGCUUACGGCGCUCGCAAGAAGCAUUACAGACAUGGCCUUACUUUCACUCGCGUCGACAUCAGCCCCCUGGCAUAUAAUCCAGGCCUUGCUGCUCUUCCUCACAUGGCCACUGCCGAAGGAUAAUACAAGGCCCGAAUUAACCUUUCCGUUAAGUGGUAGUAUGCUGCAUAUUGCCAUGCAGAACGGGCUUCAUAUCCCCAUGUUGAGCCACGAGUUCACUAAGAAAAGGAUUCCUGCCCCAUCGGAGGCGGAACUGAUGCGGCGAUCAGAGCUUUGGGCACGCUGUGUCAUUGUGUACCAACGUGCCUGUUCAAUAAAGGGGCACCCGCCUCGCUCUUUUAUGGAACUAGAGCAGGACUUUGCACAACGCGAAGUGGAUGUUCAGAAGCUAUCGCCGUCACUCGUCUUGGAGAGGAAAUGCCAGGAGCUGGUUGCCCGUUGUAGUGCGGCUGUUCUUGAGAUCGGAGUACGAACAAUGUCCCUAGAGCAAGAAAGAGCUUUAGAUAUCUUGUUGCGUACAUUUGAGAACCAGGUCACUGAUCUGGAGACACAGAUAAGUCAAGCGCAUGACCGGAUCCAAACCACCACUUGUCGUCUAAGCAUUCAAAUGUUGCACUUUUUCAAAAGCCAAACAUUAUUCUCGACGGGGUGCAUCCAGCGUCUCCUAUCUACCGCCUGUUUGGUUACCGAGUCCGUUCAAGAUUUAAGCCGAACCCCCCUGAAUCUUGCCACAACUCCUCUGGAGUUGUAUUUUGCGCUGCUCCUCGCCUCAAUAGCCCUCUUGCGGAUACUCAAGGGCCCCGCGUUACCUGGAUUAGAUCUUGAGAGGGCUCGAUCAUGUUUCUUUAUGGCAAUUAAUCUUCUUAAACAGAUGUCUGUCCAGAACAAUGACGCUGCGGCGAAAACGGUUAUUGUAUUAAAUCAACUUUGGAAUAGUACAAAGGCCUUUCGCAAGUCCGACGGGAGCGACUUCCCAACGCUUCGGAUCCGUAGUCGACUGAUGCUUAGUCCUGUGGUGGAUGCAGUAUGGUGGUGGCGGGAAGAGCAUGACCCCCAGUGUCGGUCAGGGUUCCCCUCCCAGGGGAAUGCGCCGGAUGGGAUUGAUUCCAAUCGAGACAGCACCGGUGGGGUGGUAACUGCACCGAUUGGCCUGAUGGAACGUCAUGAGCCUGUCCUGUUUGAUGACCGGUUUCUGGCUGAUUUUGAAUGGGCCUUGGGCGAUGACGGGCUCUAUCCUCCGACUGAGCCGUAUGGCCCAGGUUGGUCAUCGAUAGGAACUGCCAUCUAG